UAUCACCCCAUUAACUUCUCCCUGCUUAAAGGGUGUAGAAUAUGUCCACCAAAUAAAGUAGAUUGGUUGCAACCAUUUAUGUUGUUUCUUCAAAAAUCUCCUAAAAUAGAAGAUCUUUUCAUCGUCGACAAGACAAACUCGGGCUUCCCACUUCCAUUCAACCCACCGAUUUCUGUUCCAGAAUGUUUGUCAAUCCAUCUCAAGAUCUUUGAGUGGCAAGGAUAUGGAGGACGAAAGGCAGAGAAAGAAGUUGUAAAGUACAUAUUGGCCAACUCUACGUGUCUAAUAACAGCUUACAUCUCCAUUGAAUUAACGCACCGUCGUCAUAGAGGUAGAAAGAAGAACAAGAUGAUGAAAGAGUUAGCAUCUAUGUCAAGGGUUUCAACAUCAUCUCAGCUUAUCUUCCCUACUCAAUCUAGUGAUGAUUGGAGUGAUUUUUCUUUUUUUUUGUGAGAGACUGAUAUUGUUUCAUUUUUUUUUGAUAACCCAGUAUCCAGACCACACAGUGAUCUGACUAGCCCACUGGACCUAAGCCCGCGUCACAGGGAUU